UCUUGCCCAUUUUGAUACCCGUGGGGAGAGAUAUUAUCUCAUACCCGUCCCCUAAUAAAGGAAAUACCCGUCGGGUAUCAGGGCCCAUUGCCAUCCCUGGUUGCCGGCUUGCCGCUCGUCGGCGGCGCCGUCAUCCACAGUCCGGCGAGAUGGCGCGGCCGUGUGAGGCAGGCAGAGGCUAGGGUCACGUCGGCAACCAGGAGACACCAACCAAACACGACAGCAAACGCAGCAGCCGAGAGCCCCGGAUCCGUCAGGUCAGUCGGACCCCGCUUUAUCAAAAAAUAAACGACGGCUCGUUGGAUUGGGGGAGGACGACUGCUACUCUGCGCCGCCGCCAUGGCUACCUCCUCGCUAGUCCCGCGCGCCCACCUCACUCCGCGCCUCGCGGCCUCGACGGCCCCUCCUUGCAGCGCCCCCCGCUUCGCGGUCCGGGGCCGCCGUGGCCUUGUCGCCGGCGUGCGGUGCCAGGCGCAGGCCAGCGACAUGGACGGGCACUACAUGCGCCGGUGCGUCGAGCUGGCGCGCAAGGCGGCCGGCCACACCAGCCCGAACCCCAUGGUCGGCUGUGUCGUUGUCCGCGAUGGCCGCGUCGUCGGCGAGGGUUUCCAUCCCAAAGCCGGCCAGCCGCACGCCGAGGUAUUUGCCCUAAGAGAUGCUGGGGAUUUAGCAGAGAAUGCAACAGCUUAUGUGAGCUUGGAGCCUUGCAACCAUUAUGGGAGGACUCCUCCCUGCACCGAAGCACUCAUCAGUGCAAAAGUUAAGGAUGUUGUGGUGGGGAUGACUGAUCCAAAUCCUAUCGUGGCAUCCAAGGGGAUUGAACGGCUCAAAAGUGCCGGGAUAGAUGUGAGAUUGUGCUUGGAGGAAGAAUCGGCAUGCCGCAAGCUUAACGAGGCUUACAUCCAUCGCAUGCUUACUGGGAAGGCCUUUGCGACUUUAAGAACUACACUCUCAAUGAAUGGAGUUGUUGUAAAUCAAAUUGGGAGUAAAGCUGAUCAGCCUGAAGGAUACUACUCGCAGUUACUGAAAGAAUACGAUGGAGUCAUAAUUUCAAGCAAUUUUGCCAAGACGACUACCUUGCCAAUAUCCCGUGAAGCUGGUGCGAAGCAGCCUCUUUAUAUCAUCAUAGCACAGGGCGAAGACUCCCAAUUAAACAUUCCGUUUCUCAAAGAAGAGCAUGCUUCCGAGGCAGUAGUUAUAACAGAUAGUCCUAUAACUGUGGAGCCAGCAGGAGUUGAAGUUCUAGCCCUAGAUCGGAUGAGCCUGGAGUCCAUUCUUCAACUUCUUGCACAACGAGGGUUGUGUAGUGUGUUGGUUGAUUUCAGGGAGGCUGGAGGAGGCAUUGCAUCGCUUCUCAACAACUUUCAGGAGGAGAAGCAGGUGCAGAAGGUUGUUGUGGAGCUCCUGCCUGUCUGGACGGUGAGCAAAGGGCCGAGCGACCUGGCAUUUGGUGGAAACCAGUCAUUUCCACUGAAGGAUGUGGAGCACAAGGAGGUAAAUGGAUGCGUGCUGCUUGAGGGCUAUGUGUAACAUCUUAUUUUGUUUGAGUUGGAUCCUGACCUGAAUAGCACUGAUUGUUUACCUCUCUCUGGUAAACUUUCAGUAUGUAAACUUAAGCCUGAAUAUGCAUUUUCCGUUCUACUUUUGUAUACCAUAGCACAUACUUUUUGAUUAGCAAGA